AUGGGUCCGGCGCCUGCCGGAGAGCAGCUGCGCGGAGCGGCUGCGGAGUCGGAGGUGAUAGAACCGGCCUUGGAAGGUACAGGCAAGAAGGGGAAGAAGGCAUCCUCAAGGAAGAGUGCAGUGGCUGGGUCUCCAGCGAAGGGCCUCCUGCAGCCAGUGAAGCUCAGCCGAGCCGAACUGUACAAGGAACCUACCAAUGAGGAGCUGAAUCGCCUUCGGGAGACUGAGAUCCUGUUCCACUCUAGCUUGCUUCGUUUACAGGUGGAGGAGCUAUUAAAGGAAGUGAGGCUGUCAGAGAAGAAGAAGGAUCGGAUUGAUGCCUUCCUACAGGAGGUCAACCAGCGGAUCAUGAGAGUGCCCUCAAUCCCUGAGACAGAACUCACUGACCAGGCGUGGCUCCCAGCUGGUGUUCGAGUUCCCCUCCACCAAGUGCCCUAUACUGUGAAGGGCUAUUUCCGCUUCCUGCCCCCAACCCAGGUCACUGUUGUGGGCAGCUACCUCCUGGGGACCUGCAUCCGGCCAGACAUCAAUGUGGAUGUGGCACUGACCAUGCCCAGGGAAAUCCUACAGAACAAGGAUGGGCUGAACCAGCGCUACUUCCGCAAGCGUGCCCUCUACCUGGCCCACUUGGCUUACCACCUGGCUCAAGACCCCCUCUUUGGCAGUGUUCACUUCUCUUAUACCAACGGCUGCCACUUGAAACCCUUGUUGCUGCUGCGGCCUCAUGGGAAGGAUGAGCGCCUGGUGACCGUACGUUUGCAUCCAUGCCCUCCGCCUGACUUCUUCCGUCCGUGCCGCUUGCUGCCAACCAAGAACAAUGUGCGCUCUGCCUGGUACCGAGGGCAGAGUCCUUCAGGGGAUGGUAGCCCAGAGCCCCCUACCCCCCACUACAACACAUGGAUCCUGCAGGAUACAGCUCUUGAGUCUCAUGUGCAGGUACUGUCAGCCAUGCUGGGAUCAGCCCUGGGGCUGAAGGAUGGUGUGGCACUUUUGAAGGUCUGGCUGCGGCAGCGGGAGCUGGACAAGGGCCUGGGUGGGUUUAGUGGGUUCCUUGUCUCCAUGCUGGUUGCCUUCCUCGUGUCCACACGCAAGAUCCAUACCACCAUGAGUGGCUACCAGGUCCUGAGAAGCGUCUUACAGUUUCUGGCCACCACAGAUCUGACAAUCAAUGGGAUCAGUUUAUGUCUCAGCUCAGAUUCUUCCUUGCCGGCCCUGGCUGACUUCCACCAGGCCUUCCCUGUUGUCUUCCUGGACUCGUCAGGUCAUCUCAACCUCUGUGCUGAUGUCACUGCUUCCACUUACCACCAGGUACAGCAUGAGGCACGGCUGUCUAUGGCAUUGCUGGACAGCAAAGCUGACGAUGGGUUCCAGCUACUGUUGAUGACUCCUAAACCCAUGAUCCGGGCUUUUGACCACAUCGUGCAUCUCCGUCCAGUGAGUCGCCUACAGGCAGCAUGUCACAGGCUGAAGCUCUGGCCGGAACUGCAAGAUAAUGGUGGGGACUAUGUCUCAGCUGCUUUGGGCCCACUAACCACCCUCUUGGAACAGGGCCUGGGGUCCCGGUUGCUCCUGCUGGGUCACUCUCGGCCCCCAAUCGCAGAGUGGGACAUCAGCCAAGAUCCACCAAAGCACAAAGACUCUGGGACCCUGACCCUGGGAUUGCUCCUCCGGCCUGAAGGACUGAUCAGUGUCCUUGAGCUGGGUCCAGAGGCUGACCAGCCUGAGGCUGAUGACUUUCAUCAGUUCUGGGGAUCCCGCUCAGAGCUUCGGCGCUUUCAGGAUGGAGCCAUUCGGGAAGCUGUGGUCUGGGAGGCAAGCUCUAUGUCACAGAAACGCCUUAUUCCCCACCAGGUGGUCACCCACCUCUUGGCUCUCCAUGCUGACAUCCCAGAUACCUGUGUCCACUAUGUGGGGGGCCUCCUGGAUGCACUUAUCCAAGGUCUGAAAGAGACCUCCAGCACAGGUGAGGAGGCACUGGCAGAGGCAGUGCGUUGUUAUGAUGACCUCAGUCGCCUGCUAUGGGGACUGGAGGGUCUCCCGCUGACUGUGUCUGCUGUUCAGGGAGCUCACCCAGUGCUGCGCUACACAGAGGUAUUCCCACCAACCCCAGUCUGGCCAGCCUACUCCUUCUAUGAGCACCUGCGAGAGCGGGCCUCACUGUUGCCUCGGCUUGAUAAGCCUUGCCCUGCCUAUGUGGAGCCCAUGACCAUGGUUUGUCACCUGGAGGGCAGUGGUCAGUGGCCACAGGAUGCUGAGGCCGUGCAGAGGGUCCGAGCUGCCUUCCAACUGCGCCUGGCAGAGCUGCUGUCGCAACAGCAUGGGCUGCAGUGCCGUGCCACUGCCACGCACACUGAUGUCCUCAAGGAUGGGUUUGUGUUCCGCAUUUGCAUAGCCUAUCAGCGGGAGCCCCAGAUCCUGAGGGAGAUGCGGAGCCCAGAGGGGAUGAUCUCAUUGAGGGACACACCUGCCUCCCUCCGCCUUGAGAAAGACAUAAGGCAGUUGCCCCUGCUCACCAGUGCCCUGCAUGGACUCCAACAGCAGCAUCCAGCCUUUUCAAGCGUGGCUCGGCUGGCCAAGCGGUGGGUACGUGCCCAGCUUCUGGGUGAGGAGUUCACUGAUGAGAGCCUGGAUCUGGUGGCUGCUGCCCUUUUUCUACACCCCGAGCCCUUCACUCCUCCCAGCUCCCCCCAGGUUGGCUUCCUUCGGUUCCUUUUCUUGGUAUCAACCUUUGAUUGGAAGAACAACCCCCUCAUUGUCAACCUAAACAAUGAGCUCACUGUGGAAGAGCAGGUGGAGAUCCGCAGUGGCUUCCUGGCAGCUCGGACACGACUCCCCAUCAUGGUCAUUAUAACCCCCCAGGACCGCAAAAACUCUAUAUGGACACAAAAUGGACCCUCGGCCCAGGUCCUACAGCAGCUUGUGGUCCUGGCAGCUGAGGCCCUGCCCAUCCUAGAGAAGCAGCUAAUGGAUCCCCAGGGGCCUGGGGAUAUCAGGACAGUGUUCCGGCCACCCUUGGACAUGUACGAUGUGCUGAUCCGCCUGUCUCCCCGCCACAUACCCCGGCACCGCCAGGCUGUGGACUCGCCAGCCGCCUCCUUCUGCCGUGGCCUGCGCAGUGAGCCAGGGCCUUCAUCCCUGAUGCCCGUGCUGGGCUACGAUCCUCCUCAGCUCUACCUGGCACAGCUCAGGGAGGCCUUUGGGGAUCUGGCCCUUUUCUUCUAUGACCAGCAUGGUGGAGAGGUGAUCGGUGUCCUCUGGAAGCCUACCAGCUUUCAGCCCCAGCCCUUCAAGGCCUCCAGCACAAAGGGGCACAUGGUCGUGUCUCAAGGUGGGGAGCUGGUGAUGAUGCCCAAUGUAGAAGCAAUCCUGGAGGACUUUGCCAUGUUGGGCGAAGGCCUGGUGCAAGCUGUGGAGGCCCGAAGUGAGAGGUGGACUGUGUGAUACCAGCCCUGGAGCAAGCUGUAGAUGGACAGCCGGACUUUGGACCUCUGGUACAAGAUGUCAGGGUGACCUUCACUCUCGUUGCUGGCCAGAACACAUGAAUCACCCCCAACAAAAGCCAUGCCCCAGUUUCCUGUCUGAUGCUGCAGCACUGGGGCAGGGGCUGUGGUGUCCUAUGGAGUCCCCUGGGCCUGACCAUCUAAACUCCCAGAGAAGUGGAAGCCAGCUCAGGGAGGGAACUGAACCCAGGAGAUCCAUGCAUCUGUCAGCCCUGGGCCUGGACCUUUUUGGGUUUUUCCCCCCUCUUAGCCUUCUCCCAGAAGCAGAUGGAGAAGAGAAGUUGGAGAAGUGCCUGGGGCAGAGGCUCUGUCCCUUUCCCACUGCCAGGACGUGUGCCUUGAUCCCAGUAUGCCCUUACUGCAGCAGCAGGCCUUUAGAUGGGACCCAGAGAAAGCAUGGUGCUGCUUGAGGGUCACAGCACUCAAAUUGAGCAAUGGAAAGGGGACCAUGUGUGUAUUAAUAGACCACAUUGAAGGGGCACAGUGCCCUCCUGUGUUGGUGCUGCUGCUUCCCAGGGUGGAGAUAGUGGAAAAGGACAGAGGACAGGAAGGGGCUGGGUGGGUGAAAUGGUCAGGGGUCUGGUGGUUCCCCAGUCCAGGAGUGAGGCAGAAAGCACUGGGUGCUAUCCCCUGGCCUGUCAGUGUCUGAGUCACACCAGCUCUGUGUGUCUGCCUGGGCUGUUUGCUCACAUGUCACAAAGUGCCCCCACUGUGCUCCUGCAGUGGGGUUGUGGAGAUGAGCAAGGCCCAAGUCCUGCUCUCCAGGAGCUCCCAGGGCCCCAGGGGAGUGGGAAUGCUGCCUCAUUUCAGUCUGAUCCACACCCCCUUUCUGGCAGCCUCUCCCUGUCCCUCUGUCUCCCUUAAUCCUGGUUUUUUGUCAGACUCAGCUCAAAUAGUGCCCCUCCCUUGCCCCCAGCCUGAGGUGAUCUUUCCCUCCUCUGACCUAUUAGAGCAAUUACUGUCUGCUCUGUUCACUUGGCAGGCACAUACAGCAGUAUGAACUUUUCUAUUGUCUUGAACUCUUGAUUUCAAAUUAAAUUGCUUAAUUUCCCCCAUGUUCCUGGUUUUAACCUGGUCUCCCAUAUGUAAGCUCCUUGAGUGUUUGAACACAGAUUUCUUGGUAUGCUUCAUGACACCUAGUUCAGUGCUUUGCUCAAGUAGUAUACAGAUGUGUGCAGAAGGGGCACCAAGCCCAGGCAGAGGGCAGGGAAGGCCACCAGAAGACUUGCAAGGCAAGGAAAAGGGAAUCAUUAAUUUGUGAACUUGCCUAGAACAGGUGGGGUGGUGAUGGUAAAAGAGAAAGCCUGGGGGAUAAUAGACAGUAGAUAUUUAUUGAGUGCUAAUAGGUACCAAGCACUGUUACAUGUUGUUUUCCAUUUCUUAUGUAUGGAAAUUUGAUUAUAUGUUCAUACCAGCCCUAUGAAGUAAGUACUUUUAGUACCUUCAUUUUCUGAAUAAGGGAACAGGGUCGGUGGGAGGGACCCAUUGUGGAGGGACUUUGAUGCCUGGAUGAUGUGCUCCAUCUUCAAGAUGAUGAGAAGCCACAUGUGCCUCAAAGCAGUUCAUCUUUGUGAAUCUGUCCCUACUGUCUCUGUGAUGGGACAGCUCAGCCCAGGGUCGAAAUUUGCACAGGGAAUAAACUGGUUGGCAGUUGUGA